UACGUUUAUGAAAUAUCGUUAAUAAAAAAUCAUAAAACUAAUAUUACGAGGGCAGUCGUCGAAAUUUUUAGCAGACCCGCUAACAUUCACUAGACUGGCAAGUCUUCGAUAGUACCUCGUCGAUGAUCGUGGAAGCAACAGGAAGCGACCGCGAACGGUCCCAUUCAGUGAUCACUUUGCUCGAAACACCGCCGUGCGUUUUGGCGCCAAAUCAUUUGUGCGGCCGGGAUUGAUGUGAAAGGCCUCGAACGGCUGAUCCGAUCGUGCACAUCGACGUCAGGUCAGGUCCUUGCGCCGACUGCUCCGAGCCGAGGGAAACGGAGGAGUCUCAACGGUCCGCAUAUCCGUUCCCCCGUUGAUUUCUCACAGGGAAAUGGAGGACUCGACGACGGCACGUCUGAAGAAGCUGGUGGCGGACAGUAAUGAGGCUCUGGAGCUCAGAUUAAUCCGCAACCUCGACGACCUGCGCUCGGAGGAGGCCGUCUUCAAACCGGAGAUGACUUAUCAGGUGUUCGGAGAUAGGGAAAUAAUAUUUGGUUAUCUGGAUCUGAAAAUACAGCUGUUCUACGCGGCGGGCUGCUUGGAAACGUAUCUGGGAAUGACAUACACCGAGAAAAUAAACGCCAAGCUCGAGGGAGUCGAAGCCGACGAGGUAUUAACGAAGAUCGUCCCAAAGCUCGCCCCCGACGUUCACUGUAACCUAUCCACUUUCACCAAGGCGCUCGCCAAGGACGAUACGUUCAUACCGUACGGCGAAUUGAUACAAAAAUUCUCAAUAGACGACGAAGGCACCACGAGGCAAUUUGUGGUCUACAAGGCAGAUAUGGGCUACAAAGGAUUCAGGGAGUACCACCAAAGGAUUCAGACAUUCCUUCUUUGGUACAUAGACGCGGCGCUCUUCAUUGAUAUUGACGACGAGCAAUGGCAGUAUUUUAAUUUAUUCGAAAAAUAUACCACGCCCACGGGUGCCACUCGAUACGCGACGAUUGGUUUCGCCACCGUGUAUCGGUACUACGCUUAUCCGCAGCACAUUCGGCCGCGCAUCGCUCAGUUCUUAAUCUUACCGCCAUUUCGAAGGAUAGGUCUUGGCAAACAUUUCCUGCAAGUGAUUUAUCGCGAGUACAUUGGAAGGAACGAAGUUAAGGAUAUAACAGUGGAAAGUCCGUCCGAGGUGUUCCAACGACUGCGAAACUACGUGGACGCCUUGAAUUGCAGCGCAUUGCCCAGUUUCGCGCCUGAGCGUUUAAAGCAGGGUUUCGACAAUGAGAUGAUCGCCGACGCUAGGGAUACGUUAAAGAUAAACAAGAAACAGGCCCGCGUAGUGUAUGAAAUUCUACGAUUGCAGGCGACGAAUGUCGCGAACCCGGAGGAAUAUCGGGCAUACAGAAUAGACGUGAAGAAAAGACUGAACAUACCGUUUAAGAGGAAGCAGAAUGAGGAGCUGAAAAUUGAGCGCGCGCUAAAGAAUUCCGCGGACAAGAGCACGUAUACGAAUUGCAACGGUCUACCAUCCGACGAGCAGCGCAAAGAGAUACUGGAGAAGGAAUACCGGCUCCUGGAGGAGGAAUACAAGAUGGUGAUCAAGCGGCUGGAGUACGCUUCCGAGCUGUGAAAUGGAAGUUUUACGAAAUUGAAUACGGCAUUGAUUAAUUGAGAAAUUUUUAAGCUGUGAAAACAAAACAAAAAUAUAUAUCAAUAAUUUCCAACGUUUUAUAUCUGUGUACAGACAUCUUUUUUUUUUCAUUAAAUUUAUCUUGCUUUUCUA